GACAGUCUGUACGAAAAUACGAACAGUUUAACUCGACAGAUCGUUGAAUAAGACUGAAAGUGUCAGUUGAUACGCGAACGCCGGACCAAAAAUUCGGAUAAACAAUAAUUUUAUUAAAAAAAAGUAAAUAUAAAAUUAAUAGUUCAAUAAUAUCAUCUAUUAUUAAUAAACAAAAAUUAAACUAAUUUUUUCACAAAUUUUUCCAUCAUUACUUUUAUAAAUCAAAAAACAAAAAAAAUUAAAUAAAUAAUAAUAAUUAUUAAUUAUUACAGUAAAAUAAUAAUUACUUAAUAAAUAAAAACAAGUGUUUUAAUAAUUAAAUAGUAUUUUCUAAUUUUUAAAUUAAUUUUUUCGCUUAAAUUUUUAAAUCGCGGGUGAUUUUUCAAAAUCAAAUUCAAUCGUCAAUAUUUGAUAUAAUUUAAAUAAUAAUAAUAUUAUGAAUAAAUAAUGACUGCCAACAGUCGGUCAAGUGUCGACACUUGAGGCGGGUCGUGAAUAAUAGUGUUUAAUUUUGGCGCUGCUAUUCGUCGCGCGCCGAUUACAUUUUGCCAUUUGUGGAGCAGUCGGGGACAGCCUCUCGGCCAAAGUUAAGUGGGGCCGUGCCCGCACACAGUUUUUCAUAUUAAAAAAUAAUAAUUUUUUUUUUUUUUCAUUUAAAUUAAUAAAUUUUUAAAUAAUAAUCAUUAUUUGUAUAUUAAUUCAAACAAUUUUCAUAUAUAAAUUAUAAGUAAUUAGUGUGAAUAUUUAUUUUUUUUCUUUUUUUUUUUUUUUUUUUUUGUUUAUCAACAAUAUCAUUAGCUAAAAUAAAAACAAAAUAAAAAAAAUGAGCAUAUCGUUAAUUAGAUGAAUAAAUUGAAUAUAAAAUAUUUGUCGUAGUACUAUUUUAACGUGUUUGGACAGGUGACAGUGAGAUAUCAGGAAUUAAAAAAAGAAAAAAAAAAAAAAUUUUAAUUUUUAACGGGGUGGAAACGCGGCGUGCCUCGUAGUGUAAUUUGAGAAAAAAAAAAACAUAAUAAAUUAUAAAAAUAAUAAAACUAGUCAAAUAAUAAAUAAUUGACAAAAGUACCUUGAUUAAAGCCAAAAUGACGAGUAUAGUGGGAAAUAUAAUCCACGGUUAUCGAGAUUUGAUGGACAACAAAUCUGAUCCAAGAGUCAACAGUUGGGCAAUGAUGAGCAGUCCAAUACCAACAUUAGUAAUAUGUUUGUCAUAUGCAUAUUUUAGUAAAGUCAUUGGACCAAGAAUAAUGGAAAAUCGUAAACCAUUUGAUCUUCGAAGAAUAUUAGUUGUCUACAAUUUGAUACAGACACUAUUUUCCAUGUGGAUUUUUUACGAGUAUUUGAUGAGUGGCUGGGCGAAGGGAUACAGUUUUAGAUGUCAACCAGUUGAUUAUACAAAUAAUCCUUUGGCAAUGAGAAUGGCCAACACUUGUUGGUGGUAUUACUUUAGUAAAUUCACAGAAUUCUUUGAUACAAUUUUCUUUAUCUUGAGAAAAAAAUAUGCACAAGUAUCGACUCUUCAUGUUAUUCAUCAUGGAGUUAUGCCAUUUUCUGUAUGGAUGGGAUUGAAAUUUGCACCAGGUGGUCACAGUACAUUUUUUGCUCUUCUAAACACUUUCGUACAUAUAAUAAUGUAUUUUUAUUAUAUGCUUGCUGCAAUGGGAAGUGAAUAUCAAAAAUAUCUUUGGUGGAAAAAAUAUUUAACUUCAUUUCAAAUGCUUCAAUUUGUCGCAAUAAUGGCACAUCAAUUUCAAUUAUUAUUUAUUGAAUGUGAUUAUCCACGUACUUUUAUGAUAUGGAUUGGUCUUCAUGGUGUUUUAUUUCUUGGUUUAUUUUCUGAUUUUUAUACUGAAAAAUAUGGUAAAGAUGUACGUAGAAAAGGAAAUAAAAAUAAUGGUGCAUGUAUGCCAAUUGAUGAUAGCGAUUCAAAUCCAAAAACAAAUGGUGUUUCAACAUAUACAACAAUUUAUAAUAAAGAAUACAAUAGUUGUUACAGUAAUGGUACAAACAAUGGUUAUGUUGCCAAUAAUAAUACUGAAAAAAAAUUGGCUUAAUUAUAAUUGUUUUAAUAAUUAAUAAAAAAACAUUAUAAAAUGAAAAAAAAAAAAGGCUACUAGCCAAAUUAACGAGAUAAUAAGCCGGGGUAAUAAUAUAUCAAGAUGUCAUACUGGAAAUUGACAAAUUUUUUUUCAUUUUACAUUUAAAAAUUUAUCAUUUCCAGUUAACUUGAUUUAAAUUUCGAUUUUUUUUUUUUCUAAUUAUUAUUUUAUUGGUUUAUUAUUCAAAAACCCGGCUAUUUGAUCAAAUACACUAAAUGUGCGUAUCAUAUUGCUUCAAGCAAUAAUUGAAAAAAAGAAAAAAACGUACUUUCAAAUGAAUAUUUCUUUCUUUUUUUUUUGUCUGACAUAAUCGUUAGGACACAACGCUGUCUUUUGUGAACGAAUGAAUAGUUUAUCUUGUGUUGAAAAAAAAGCAACAAGAAAAUUAAAAAAAAAAAAAGGUAUGACUGUGCACAAGUGUUAAUGAUGUUUUAUUUUUUAUUAUAAUUAUUUUUUUCUAGUGAAUAAGUGAAUUGGAAUGUCAACAUAAUAUUGUGUGAACAUAAAAAAAAAUCGAAACCUUUUUUUUUAUUUUUAUUUCGAUAUAAAAAAAUAGUAUUUAUACUAUCUAGAUAAUUGUAAUAACUUUUGGCGAAUAUUCUCAUCAAUGAAUGCUAGCCAAAUGAAAAAAAAAUAAAUUGAAAAUAAUAAAAAUAACUGAUUAAUUAAAAAAAAUGAAAAUAAUAAAUUUCAUGAAUUAUUUCUUGGACAUUUUUGUCGCUUGUGAAUGAUAAAGAAUAAAAAAUUAUUGUAAAAAAGAUUUAAGAAAUUAUAUAUAUAAAAGUAAAAUGAAAAAAUGCCAUAAAAAAUUGACAGUCUAAAAAUAUCGUGAUUUAUUAUGUAAAUAAAUCAUUCGCAAUGUGAAUGCUUUAAAUAUAUAAAAAAAAAUAUAAAAAAUAAGUGCAAAAAUACAGCACUAAUUCUAAAUGUUUUCUAGGAUUAUUAUAAAAUGGUAGAUUAUCGUACGAAUCGAGGUUGGUCGUAUCAAAAAAAAUAAUUAAAAAUUCAAUUUAAAAAGAAAAAAAAAAACAUUAAAAAUGUAAUUAAAACGCACAAUUGUAAAAUUUUAUUAUAAAAAAACAAGUUAAUAAUAAUUAACAAAGAUUGGAAAGUUAUUUUAAUGUAAAAAAAUAUGAUAAAUAACUGACAAUUUGUAGCUCGUUGUACUUUACAUCACCAUUGUUCCAACUGUGUUCAAAUGCUACGCUUUUCAUCAGAGGCAUUUAAUCAUAAUCUUCGAAAAGAAGACAAUUGAUUUUACUAGGCAGCUAUAAUAAAAAAAAAAAAUUAAAUAAUAAUUAUAAAAAUGAAAGUGAUAGAAAGAAAAAUAAAUGAUUAAUCCGUGCCUCGAUUCGUGGACAAAUUCCUAAAAAAUAUACGAACCAUAAAAAACCUCAUGGAAUAAUUAAAAUAUAAAAUCCGGAUUUACUUAAAUAUAAUGAUCAAUUUAUCUGUUUUUUUUUUUUCUACAAUAUAACUCAGUUUAUACAAUUCAAUUUGUUUUUUUUUACACCAAACAAAUUAAUACUAAUAUCACAAAUUUACGUGUUUUUUUAAAUUAAAUUUUUCAACUCACAAACUUGUUUAAGAAUUGUUUUUGUUUUUUUCCAUCAAUCGAGGAUAUGAGGUUGUCAAAUAAUUGGCUAUUGGCUAACUCGAUUAAAAAUAAUAAAAUAAUUAUUUAAAUUAAUCAUCUUAAACAAGCUUUGAUUGAAUCUUUUUUUUUUUUACCAAUUGUGUGGUUCCAUGUGAAUGUGUGAUAUAAAAAAAAAGAAAAGAAAAUAAGUAAUUUAAAACGAAACGAAAUAAUAAAAAAUAUAUAUAUGUUUUUGCUUUGCAAGUGGAUUAAUAUGAUGGCUUUUACUUUUAAACUAUCAACGUUAGAUAAAAACAUAAAAAAUAUCCAGAUAGCUAAAUUGUUGUCAACAGAAAUUAUACUAUUUCUAUUUUUUAUUAUUCAUAUUAUUUAUUUAUUUUUUGAUUUUUUUUGUUGUUUGCUUUUUUGUGAUUGUUGUGUAUUUCCAGAGUAUUUAUGGUACAAACUUACGACUCGUUGUGACGAAGCCAAGCCGCCGAAAUAUGAAAAAUAAAAACGAAUAAUUAUCAAAAUUGUAAUAUCCAAUAUACACAAUUAUUAUUAUCAAUAAAAAACGAGCUAAUUUUUAAAAUAUCACUACUUUUUUGAAGAUUAAAUGAAAAUAUUAUUAAUUAAAACAAAAAUGUAUACAAAGUCGAUAUGAAUUAUUGAUUGUUUUAUUAAUAAAAAUUUUGUUGAUAUUAUUUUGGAGAAAAUUUUAUAUAAAUAUAUAUAUAUUUAUCGAGAUAAUAAUGUACUCGAGGGACCAAUGAUUAACUCGAGGAUAUUCCCAAACAUGAAAGUAUAACAUUUUUUUUUUUUUGUAGCUCUAUUUUUUUUUAAAUAUUGUAUAUUUAUUUUUAAUUCACGAUGUGCAAAUAGAUGGCAAGCCUUUGACCUCGUUGAACAAAAAAAACAAAGC